AUGAUGCAGCUUUCGACGGUAAUCGUGGUGCUGACCGUGGCCGGGGUCUGUCUGGCCUACGAGCACCACGGAUUCGUCAGCGAGGUGAAGCACAUCCCGUACAAGUACUACGGCGGCGGCGGUGGCAUUGGCGGAGGAAUUGGUGGCGGUUUUGGCGGUGAACAGGGUGGAUUCGAGGGCGGCAUCGGCGGCGGAGGCAUCGGUGGAUACGAGGGCAAGGACUUUUACGCCUAUCCGAAGUACAAGUUCGAGUACGGAGUGAAGGACUAUCACACCGGUGACCACAAGAGCCAGUGGGAAGUCCGGGACGGAGAUGUCGUCAAGGGAGAGUACACUCUGGACGAGCCGGACGGUUCGACGCGCAUCGUCAAGUAUCACGCCGACAGCAAGAACGGAUUUGAGGCCAUCGUCAAGAACAUCGGCAAGGGAGGUGGCAUCCAGCAGGAAGGAGGAUCGAUCGGCGGUGGUGGUGGCGGCGGUGAGGGUGGAUUCGGAGGUGGCUACGGACAUGGCUACAGCUAUAGCAAGCUGAAGAAGUUCAAUUAG